AUGUUCGCGGAGCAGCUCGGCAGCACCAUGGAGUCUCAACGAGCACGGGAUGAAGUUGAACCCGACCAAGUGCACCUUCGCAGUCACCUCGGGAGAGUUCCUUGGAUACAUCGUCACGAAGAGAGGUAUCGAAGCGAACCCCAAGAAGAUAGCGGCCGUUCUGGAACUCCCCUCGCCAAAAACCACCCGCGAAGUACAACGCCUGACCGGCCGAAUCGCCGCGCUCAAUCGCUUCAUCUUGAGAUCGACGGAUAA